AUGCCCGCAAUUAGUCACAGAAGAGAUUCCCUGGAAGAUAUUAACACUGAUUUGGUUACGUUACCGCGUUUUAUUAUUGAAACUCAACAAUCAAUUAAAGGUGCUAAAGGUGAUUUUACACUAGUAUUAAAUGCACUAGGUUUUGCAUUCAAAUUUAUUUCACAAACAAUUCGUAAAGCAGAAUUGAUUAAUUUAGUCGGUAUUACAGGUAAUACCAAUUCUACAGGUGAUCAGCAAAAAAAAUUAGAUGUUCUGGGUGAUGAAAUUUUUAUUAAUGCAAUGAGCGCAAGUGGGAUUGUUAAACUUGUGAUCUCAGAAGAACAAGAAGAUAUGAUCAUUUUCCAUCAUAACGAUUCAAAAUAUGCAAUCUGUUGCGAUCCAAUUGACGGUUCUUCAAACCUAGAUGCAGGUGUAUCCGUUGGUACUAUUUGCUCAAUAUUUAGAAUCUUACCUGGUUCCACAGGUUCUACUGCUGACGUUCUUAGACAUGGUGCUGAAAUGGUCGGUGCUUGUUACGCUAUGUACGGUGCAUCCACUCAUUUAAUGUUAACCCUUGGAAAUGGUGUGAGUGGAUUCACUUUAGAUAAUACUUUAGGUGAAUUCAUCCUUGUACACCCAGAAUUAAGAAUCCCAUCACAAAGAUCAAUUUAUUCAAUAAAUGAAGGGAAUUCAUAUUAUUGGGAUAAACAUAUUGUCGAAUUCAUCGAUUCUUUGAAAAAACCACAGGAUCAUGACGGGAAACCUUACUCCGCAAGAUAUAUCGGCUCAAUGGUUGCUGAUUUACAUAGAACGUUUCUAUAUGGUGGUCUGUUUUCUUAUCCAGCCGAUAAGAAGAAUCCAAACGGUAAAUUAAGGUUAUUGUAUGAAGCAUUCCCAAUGGCUAUGCUAGUAGAACAAGCUGGUGGGAAAGCUGUUAAUGAUCAAGGUCAGAGAAUCUUGGACUUAUGUCCAACUCAUAUUCACGAUAAGUCUUCAGUAUGGAUGGGUUCAAACGACGACGUCGACAAAUAUUUGAAACAUAUUGGUAAAUUGUAG